CCGAUUGUAACAUAUACAGACAGACUGUUGGAGCAUAAGUUCUUACAACAUGGUUGCUUUCAUGAUCACCAAGAGAAGUGCAUCAGCACUCUCCUUUGUAAUUGUAGUGUCAUCGACUAUGGCAGCUAGUGCCUUCCAAAGGUCCACUCAACAACACCAUCCUCUUGCUGCUAGAAAUUAUCCCGCAUCAUCGAAACACAGGGUAUCGUCUCUACUCCAGUCACGGCAAUUCAAGCGGCCGACGCAUCUACAAUCUUCUUCUUACAAAGAGUCGACAAGAAGGACGGACAGUGGUGUGCUCUCCGUAUUCAGUGAUACACCGAUUGCUCCGUAUUUGGAUGCCCCAAGGUUCGGAUUGUCCGAAAAGAAUAUGGGUUUUCUAGCACUCUUCAGCGUCCCCGUUGUAUGGGGUACAUACGUACCGGUGGUUCGAGUAUUGUACGAAAGCGAUCCACCCGUACCUGGCGUGCUGUUCUCCGCAGCUUACUUUGCAGUCGCUUCACUUUCAACUCUAGCUCUACUCAUUGUCUUUCCCAAUCUUGAUCGGGAUGAUAGCUCACACGGCCAGGCAGCGCGUAGAGAUGCUCUAGCUCUGGAGCAAGAACAGUCCCUGGACGACAGUGCUUUAUCAACGUACCCCCAGAAAGAUUUUUGGUCCAAGCUGAACACCCUGCAUCUUCCCAUUGGUGGCAUCGAGAUCGGCACCUAUCUCUUUCUCGGGGCAACCAUGCAAGUUAUGGGACUCAAGACGAUACCAGCUGACCGAGCAGGAUUUUUGGUACAGCUUUCUACCAUCUUUGUCCCUUUGGUUGAAGGCGUUAUGAAAGGUAAUCCCUCCGCCAUAUCAAUGCGCACGUGGGGAGCAUGUGGAUUGGCGCUUGCAGGGAUUGGAAUCAUGAGCCUAGACCUGGACCACCAAGCAACUUCCGAGUCAUUGGAGGGCGCCAUUCAAGCGUCAACACAAAUGGCGAGCUUUUCGAAUGGAGAUUUCCUGACAGUAGGCGCGGCAUUGAUGUACACAAUGAGCAUCAUUCGUCUCAGUAAAUUUUCUCAAGAAUCAUCCCCUCUUCGUAUCACUGCCUCGAAGGCGACGGUUGAGAUGAUACUGGCCGCUUCCCUAGUUGCCGCAGCGGUAUGGUCAGUGACAACAACUGGUGCGGUCGACGCGACCAGUACGAACGCUAUUAUGUCGUUUGUACAUGAUUCUGGAAACGACAUCGUACAAUUUUCGGAAGCAGUCCGAGAACGCUGGGCCGACGGCACCUUGCCACUGGAAUCUAUUUUCAAGGUGGGAGCGGCCACACUCUAUACAGGUUGGGUCGCUACGGCAUUUCUGGUCUUUGCACAAAGCUACGGGCAGCAACGCGUCAAGGCUACAGACGCAAACCUCAUCUAUUCGCUGCAACCUCUGUUUACAUCUUUCUUUGCUUUUCUAAUGCUGGGAGAAGUCAUGGCACCGAUCGGCUAUGUCGGAGGCUCGUUUAUUGGCGGUGCCGUCUUUAUGGUCGCUUCUAAGCCGAGUGAGGAAGACGAGCCCUGUGUAAAGGAAGUUUAG